AUGGGGUCCGAUCCUCAGUACAUCAAGUACCCCGACCUCUCUCUGGCCCAACACGUCUUCAAUCUUUCGAACCCGGCUUGCCCCCAAAAGGUGCGACAGACGUCGCUGAAAAAACUUCAAGAUGCGAUAACGGAAAGGAAAAUGGCACCGUUUUACCGACAUCUCGCCCACCCUGUCGAAGGUGUCUUGAACCACUCGGGCGAGGGUGUUCCCCAGUCGCGGUCAUCAAGUGCCGGCAAACCGCUCAGCACCCUCGCAUCGCGAAGGCUAUCGCAAAAUAUAGAGUUUCCUUGGGAUGAAGCCUUGUACCAAUCACUUGCUGAAGAUAACCAAAAGGAGUUGGCGGGUUUCCAAAAGGAGGAGGAUGAGGCAGAGGAAGCUGCCGGAGAAACAGAGGUUCAAGCCGCACGAGGGAAGCGUGCUGAAUUUUGGGCACGGGUAGGAGACAAGGACAAAGCAAUCGAGUCCCACGAAACCCUCCUAGAAAAGACGUCGUUCUUGGGGUCCAAGAUUGACCUAGUUCUUGCCAUGAUCCGGAUCGGCCUCUUCUUCGGUGAUACCCUAUACGUCAAGAAAAACAUUGAACGAGCGGAGGCUUUGAUUGAAAGCGGUGGUGACUGGGAUAGAAGAAACCGUCUGAAGGCAUACAAGGGGUUGCACCUGCUCACCAUCCGGGCAUACAGUACUGCAGCACCACUACUGCUUGACAGCCUGUCUACGUUCACUAGCUAUGAGUUAUGCAGUUACUCCAGUCUUGUCAUUUAUGCAGUACUUGCUGGCUCGCUUGCUCUGAAACGGGUUGACUUCAAAGCCAAGGUGGUGGACGCUCCCGAGAUCAGGGCUAUCCUUGGCUCCGGCGAAGAUCGUCUAGCUGCGUUGACUGGUGAAAUCUCGUCGGGACCUGGUGCUCAAGAUGAAGAUAUGAAGGAUGCUUCUGCUCCAACGGCGGCUACUACUGCCAUUAACCUGACUGCAUUCAGUGGCAACGCUGGUAUUCAAGCGGAUGCUGAAACGCCCAUCGACUUCACACCUCUCUCAAAUCUGGUUAGCAGCUUAUACAACGGCAAUUAUCGGACAUUCUUUCUCGCGCUCGCUGCCGUUGAGGACCAUUUCUUGACCCAAGACCGUUAUCUGUACGAACACCGUGCUUGGUUUGCACGUGAGAUGAGGCUCAGGGCCUAUCAACAACUCCUCCAGAGUUACCGCGUGGUGGGAUUGAGCAGCAUGGCGAGCGAUUUUGGUGUGACUGUGGACUUUUUGGAUCGGGAUCUUGCUCGGUUUAUUGCGAAUGACCGAAUCUCCUGCACCAUCGACCGAGUCAAUGGUAUCAUUGAGACGAACCGGCCAGAUGACAAAAACAAGCAGUACGCCGACGUAGUGAAACAUGGGGAUGCUUUAAUCACCAAACUCCAGAAGUACGGUCAAGCUGUGCGCCUACGUGGAAGUGAACGGAGCUAG